AUGGAUCCCGGGGCUGUGCAGAAAAGGCUUGCCCAAGCAGCCGUGAAGCUUUACAAAGCUAGGAAGGAGCUUAAGAGGUACAAGGCCGCGAAGAAGAUAGUUGAAGAACAAGAAGCGGAAGCAGCCGAAAAAGCAGAGACUACCGAGUAUAUCAGGCGGCCAACCUUCUCCAUCCUGGAAACCAUUCUCGAGGUUUCAGAGGUAAAGACAGUUGAUAUCGAAGUCCACGGCAUGAAAGCCAAGUUUUAUCUAAGCCGUCCCGACGAAGACAUCGUGCCUCUGCGGUACCUUAAGAAAGCAGACACUGACAAGAUCGUCCAUCGCGCAGUAUGGAUCUUCAGCAAAGCCAAGGAUGGACGUCAAGUCAAUCAAGAUAAAUGGCCUACCCUCGAGACCGUUUUCUUCGAUGUCUUCCAUAACCUCAAGAAUUCUCCUCAGUGGGAUAAGGCACUUUUUGAUGACGAUAAAGGAAGUACUGCCACCUGUCCACCAAACACUGAUUUCAGACUGGCACGCUUCAACCAGGACAACGUACUCCAUGCUCUUAUAUCCGAGCUGUUCUUCAAUGUGGAUGUCAUGCACCCAACCUCCAAGCCUAUGCUCUGGUUUCACCUUCAGUACGUAACAACAUCAACCCUGAAAGACCCUACACAACCACCAUCCACUAACGCAUCAUCCUCUUCCAACCAGUCCGAAAGUCAUGGGAGAAACUUUAGAACUCUAACCGACAACCAACCUCUCGACAAAGCCCUAUGUCAAAACUUCCAACUGCACCUCGGUCAACUCCUGACCAACCUCCACCACCUCCACAUCAACAAAUACUGCCUUCCAGACCAAGAAGUCUUCCUCAUCAACCUCCACGGAAGCAGACUUCACGUUCAACGGGCCGUUUUCCCAAGUCCUAAGAUCUCCCGGAUCUACUGCAAAAAAUACAAACCCGCCGAUCCCAAAAGUGAACUGCACACCUUCCGGGCUGGAGACACCACCCGCCGCUACACUGAGCAAGAUCUGGAAUAUGACAUAGAUCAACUCGACUGGCUACACACCCUCCGAGAAGACAAUAAUGAGGCUCCGGACGAAGAAGAUAAGCCCGUGAUCCGCGUGCUCGCGAGCCAGGAAUAUGAUCUUUGGACCAGGAGCGGCUGGCAUGCGGCGUUGAAAUUGUUGGCUGGCUUGAAUCGUUAUUUGAUGGGGGGCCGCGCCAAGUGUGGUGUCAUGCAGAACAUGUUCGAGAAGUUUCCGAUUGCUGAGUCUCCCCCUAAAGAGUCGUCUGCGGCCAAGAGCUGA